AUGAACCUACAUAACAAGAUCGAUAAAGCAAUCAAGAAACAUCGGAGUGUUCGAAAAGCAUUGAGAAAAUCCAAAGUUUGCUCAAUCGCUUUGACCCAACUCCAGCGGGUUGAUGGAACGAUCGCCGCUUCAAAAGAAGAUGUUGCAAAUACGGUCCAAAAAUUCUACAACUCUUUGUAUGCUGCACAACAAAGCUCUCCGGCAAUCAUCGCGCCAUCCCAAGAUGACCUUCCGUCUAUUUUGCCGAGCGAGAUUCGUACUGCUUUGCGCAAAGCAAAACGAGGGAAAGCCCCUGGACCUGACUUCAUAACGCUGGAGAUGCUCCUAGCUGCCGAAGAAAAUGCAGUCCCGAUUCUUGCGAGUAUCUACAACGAAUGUCUCAAAAACGAGAGAACUCCGACUUCGAUGUCAGACUCAAUAGUCCGCCUACUUCACAAGAAAGGGAGCUGCCUUGACAUCGGAAACUACCGACCUGUAGCCUUGAUGUCGACUAUCCACAAAAUCUUUACCCCCAUCCUAAGAAGACGGGCAGAACGGUCUCUGGAAGAAGCACAACCUAUCGAACAAACGGGAUUCCGACCUGGAUACUCGACCUCAGAAAACACACUGGUCGUCUCCGAAAUGAUCCAGAAGUCACACGAAUAUCGCUUCCCAUUAUUUUUGAUGUUAAUCGAUUAUAAGAAGGCGUUCGAUAGCGUGGAAUUCGGAUCCCUUUGGACGGCUCUAAGCGAAUUUGGCGUUCAUUCGAAAAUAGUUAACACGCUCAAGAACAUCUACGGCGAAGCGAAAGUGUCUGUCCGAAUCCGCGGGCACGACGUCCCAGUACAAAUUGGAAGAGGCAUGCGGCAAGGCGACACUAUUUCGCCCAACCUUUUCAACGCUACUCUUGAGCAUGUAUUUCGAAGACUCGACUGGAGUGAACAUGGGAUCUCCGUUAACGGGACGCCUCUCACACACCUACGGUUUGCUGACGACAUCGUUUUGUUCGCUUCAAGUUCGAAGAAAUUAGAAGAAAUGGCAAACCAACUAGCCACUGAGAGCAAGAAAUCUGGCUUGAUCAUCAAUUUCUCGAAAACGUAUAUUAUGUCAAACCGAGCGAAGAGAAGAGUGGAAGUAGACGGAAAAGAAGUAUCAUAUGUUGACCAGUUCACAUGUCUCGGAACGCAUCUUCAUUUCGCGGAAGGUUUCAAAACGGAACUACUCCGCAGAAUCCAAUCUGCAUGGGCAGUUUUUCCACAAGUUUUUCUAUAUAUCUGACGAAGAAAAACAACACCUCUCAAGAACAAAGUCAAAAUAUAUCAAGCUUGUAUAGAACCUGCGCUCUUAUACGGAUCAGAAGUCUGGACCCUCAAGAAAACAGAGAUGAACAUGUUAGCCACAGCGCAGAGGAAGAUGAUGAGAAGAAUGCUUGGUGUGACUUUAAUGGAUAGAAGAUCAAACAGUUGGAUCCACGAAAGGUUGAAGAUGCGUGAUGCUCGAAUGGUUGCAACAAGAAGAAAAUGGUUCUUCGCAAAGAAAAUCGUGACGGGAGAAGAAACGUGGGCAAAGAAGAUCGUAGAAUGGCGGCCCUGGGAGAAGAAAAGUGUUGGACGACCACGAGUACGUUGGCGAGAUGACUUCCGAAGCGUUCUUGGGGAGAAUUGGUCGACUGUUGCGCGCAACAACAAGGAGCUCUUCAAAUCUACCAUGAUUCAGCAGAGCCUUUUUGAUUUCUCUGAUGUCUGAAUAAAUUGAUUGAUUGAAAUUGACUUUUAGUUUUUUUCAUGACUUCUUCCAAAAACUUUUCUGACGUCUCAGGAUAAUAGUAAAGAAUAUUUCACAAGAAAGGUCAUUUUUCUUUUAAGUUGUAUGUUUUGUGAAACUAUGCUGCUGGCUGAACUUCCUAGACGUCCUUUCUUUAAAAGCAGGUAUUUUUUGCAAGUUGGGUCUUCUAGUUUCCUCAUGUGGUGAUCAAAGAUUUUUCUGGCCAAUUUUCAAGUAGCUUCCAACCUGGAAGGAAAAUAACUUCCGUUGUGAGUAACAUACAUUUUUUCAGGUUUUCAAUCUUGACGAUCAUAUCGAGGAGCUCUGCGCAGACCUCUCUACCCAGAAGAAACACGGCAUCAUCCACGGCUCAGGCGCUGGUUCUUGAUUCCGGUCGGAGCUUGCAUUUCAAAACGUUUCAGCUCCCUUCGGAACUCUGCGUUUUUCUCAUGGAGAGGGACACGUUUUGUACGUGGCUGAACGCAUGAACAAGUGUUCUCAGUACUUCGACGCCGAUUUAGAGUGGGCCAACGACACUAAAGUCUUCGAAAGUAAAGUGGUAACUGUUUUGCAAACAGAAACGCCUCACUACUUCUUCUCUUCAGGGGAAGAAGUACGAGCUCCGAGAUUCUUGGGGAGAACAAAACCAAGAAGUCGUCCGGCCGAUGAUCUGUAUCGUCGAUGUUUCCAGCGGCACCGUCAUGGCGCUCGACCAAAUCCCAGCCAACAUUUCACCCUCCUACGUAAUACAAGAUUUUCACCUAAUGAAUGAGAUUAUCAUUUCACAGGCGAUCUGGGCUCCCGAAGAUAAGGGAAUAGUUUUCUUUGGUUUGACAUCGGAUGAGACUCCGAGACUCGGAAAGAUCUACUGUAACAAUAGAAAGUAGGUUUUUUUUUUAAUCUCACAGACUUUUUUUCAGUUAAGCUCAAAAACGGUAAUUUAUGGAUCUUCGCUUUUCCAAAUUCAUUUUUGAAUAGUUUAGAAGUUGUUGUUGUAAGAUGUUUGAAAAAAUGUGUAAAACCGCCAUAUUUUUUCGAUAAUUUCAGAGGGGCUCUCUAUUAUUACGAUCUGGAAUCCGCUCAGCUCUCGCUGAUCGGCACCAGCGAAACCGCCGUCGAAUCUCCGAGUUUCUCCCCCGACGGCAAAACUUUGAUCUUUUUCCAGCGUAAACCCGACGCUCCACACAACGCGACUCUUGAUAUGAUGGCGGUUUGCAUGUGAUAAAGAAGAGUUAUUGAACGAUCGCCAUAGAUUGGAUGGCCCUUCGAGAAUGAAGAACCACGAGUCGUCGUGCCAAUCAUCAAACCGUACGGGAAGCAAGGAGAAUUCCAAGGUCUCAACUCCGUUCAGGUGAGAGAAGUCACUCUAUAUCGCAUAAUUCGCCUUUUUCAAGCUAGUGAACUAUGAAAAAGCCUUUCGUGGAGACUUUGUUUCAUUAUAGAAUAACGAAUAAGUUUAUUGAUGAAAAAUAUAUUCCUCAUUCGUGUGUAAGAAACGGCGCCAAAUUUUUUUUUCAAUGAAACAGACAGUUUGAAAUAUUUUUAUUCUAAAAGGCUUAUUUCCAAUUUACCAACCAAAUAUAUCCAAGGAGUUUGAGGCAUGUCCUCCAGCCAGAUUUAAGGAUAUUUUGCCCUCUUUUUUGCUUAGUUCAGUUUAGUGAACUUUUCCAAGAAGAGUGAGGCCGAAAACCUAGGAAAAGAGAAGCUUAGUUUUGAAGUUCAAAAGAAAUAGGAAUAUUCCUGAAAAAAAAAGUUUCUAGCUAGAAUCAUCUCAUUUUUAGUUGGCUCAAAGAAGUUGGUCCGCGGACUCUGAACGCGUCAUUCUUUCCAUCGGGUGGAGAAGCAAGCUGGUUUUUCAUCUCAUUCAACCAAAAACUUCGCAAUAUUUUCAGGAGUUGGUGGCUGUGAACGUUGCCACUGGCGACAUCGAAAAGCUGACCAAUCAUGGUGAUAGAAUAUUCGAUUUCUCUGUAACUUCAUUCUGCAGUUCAAUGCCACGGUUCUUGGCAGCUUCUAGACGUUUUUGAAGACGAGGUUCUCGCGAUCGUCUCCGCGCCAAACCGACCUCCGAACGUGCUUUUGGGUCGGCUUCCUGCUGAAAACGCGGCUGACUCUGUCUGUCUUUUGCCCUUUUUUGGAAACAUUUUGCGAUUUCAGCUUGUAUGGACAAGAAUCGACGACGCUAGCGCCAUCAACAAACGACAACAUUUGAUCAAUUAUUCUUGGAGUUUUGUUGGGUUGAAUAGAGGUGAAAUUACUCUAGGGGGCACAGUUUUAUCUUUGUCCUCACCGCUCAGAUGGCUUCGAAUACGAAGCGAUCUUGGUGACGCCCAACGAGGGCAACGACCUUCCUCUUGUGGUUCUUCCUCACGGCGGACCUCAUGGAGCAUCGAUCGCUUGGUUCGUUCAGCUUCAACAUUUUGACUCUUUUGAAAUAGAAGAAAUAACACGGAGUGAUUUGGCUAUUAAAAAUUGACGACUCGAAAUUUUCCCAUUGUCAGAGUUUUCCGAUUGCAUUAAAUGCAUUAAUUGCAAAAGUUGGUUUUUUUUUUAAGAAUCUGAUCCUGAGGCGCAAUAAUUUGAUGAACUGCAGUAGGGUAACCGAGAGAACCAAAAAGAAGGAAAUGGUAGAAAAAUGGUAAGAAAAGGAGAUUUAUGACCAGGGGUGGGAGGAAGAAGUGCGAUAUAUAAGAUUAGGAAUGAUUUUAUGAAAAAAAUUUUCCUUGAAUAAUAUGAUCUAGAGAAAAAAGAUUUUUUUCAGCUGGCCACGGCGCGAUAUGACAACGCUACUGAACUCGGGAUUUGCAGUGUUGCAGGUGAAUUACCGCGGAUCCAUGGGAUUCGGCGACGAUUUUGUCCGAUCGCUUCCAGGGAACGUCGGGGACUCGGAUGUGAAAGAUGUCCAUGUGAGGUCGAGAAGAGCCUCCAGAAACCGUUUAGAGUUUUCCAGCACGCCGUCGAAACUGUCCUGGAGAGCGAGAAACGGCUCAACAAAGACAAAGUUGUUCUUUUCGGCGGAUCUCAUGGCGGCUUCCUCGUUUCCCAUCUUGUCGGACAAUACCCAGUCAGUUACCCCCAUGAUGAAAGAAGCUGAGUGAUUCCCAGGGGUUCUACAAAUCGUGUGCGGCUUUGAACCCUGUUGUCAACAUUCUGUCCAUGUUCGACAUUACGGAUAUUCCCGAAUGGCACGUGCUACUCCAAAGGCUCCCAUUGAGAACAAGUGUGUUUGAGGUGCUUCGCUGAAGGGUUUGGAGCCUAUCCGGAUUGGCAGAAAGGUCUCACAUCGGAACAGCGAGAGAAACUCUACGAUUCUUCGCCGAUUGCUCAUGUUAACCAGGUGUGAUCAUUUCGAAAAUUUUUCCUAUUUCAUAUAUUCAUAAAUAGGGUGAAGAGAGAUGAUGAUGCACAUAUCAUAUAAAGACAGCUCUUUUUCCAGGGAACGAAAAAGCUAAAAAUAAAUUCAGUCUUCCACCGGUAGAUUGAAGACAUUCACAAAAAGUUUUUUUUGAAGAAAUAUCUAAAAAAUAGAUUCUGCAUACAUAGUGAUUUAAAGGUUUCCACGCCGUACCUGCUUCUCAUUGGAGAAAAAGACCUUCGCGUCGUCCCACAUUAUCGUGGCUUUUAUACGAAAUUUGAAGGCUCGCGGAGUGCCUUGCAAGUGAGUUCCUUCCUAUUUUCAUCGAUAAUUUCAUUUUUUUGAAGAGUUCUUUCCUAUCCUCCUUCAAACCACCCUCUGGACGAAAUUCAAGUUGA